ACUCGAGCUUAAGAAUAUCAUAGUGGACAACAUGAAGGAUCUUGGCCGUCUUCUUGGCUGUCUAUAUAAUCUCGAACAUCUUGAACAUCUUGUCCUAAGGCGUGUGUAUAUCUGCCGUAGCUGCACUGGAUAUCAACCAGUCCCUCCUCGACUACUCCAGCUCAAGAUUCAAAGUAACUUGACUCAUCUGGAAGUCGAAUUUGCUGAUGUCUAUAGCUCUAUUGAAUUCGAUCAAUUUUCUCUACCGGCUUUAACACACCUAACGAUACGAUUCUGCUUUGAUUUUCAUUCUAUACAAUGCUGGAAUGGGUGUAAAGACCACCCCGAUCUUACUCUCCUCCAUCUCAGAGAAGAUAGUUUUCUGUUCGAUCCAAACGCGAAAUUAUUUCCCAAACUUAAGGUAUUGAAUUUACGUAUAAACUUUCAGUGUAAUCUUAUAAAUAUAUCUUUAGAGCCUAUUCUGUCUUCGUUAAAUAUUUUCUGUGAAUCUCGAGGAAUUGAAUUCAGGGUUUUUCAUGAAGAGGAAAAGGACGACACAUGGCAUGUAACAACACGUUCUUCCAUUGAUGAUCAAUUAGAAAACUAUCCUUAUCCUCAUUAAACAGCUGUAUAGUAGUAUGUACAUCACUUUACUUCCAGAAAGUCAAAACUUAUUUCAAAGUCUCCUUUGUAUCAAUAUCCCCUUUCCUUCAAGUUGAUCAAUAUAACAUCUUUAGAUGC